UGUCAAGAUUGUAUUAAUAAAUAUGUAGAAUAAUAAGCAGUGUUCCUAGAGGAUUAAAUGAAUCAAUAAUAUAUUCACCUUCAGUUUAUUUAUAGGGUGUUAGAAUUCAUAGAUAUCAAAUACCAUAAAAUGAGAUUUUGAAAUAAGUAGUCUAGACAAGUGAAAUAAAGGCUGUAAAUGAGUAAUCAAUAGCUGUGUUAGAAUGCUUAAGCAAGAAAAGGAAGAGAGCAAGAAAGAAGUAAAUAAGAAGGAAGGGAAAUAAAAUAAUUGAUGCGAGAAAUAGAUGAUUAUCAUAAAUAAAUUAAUAAAUUGAAGUUGAUGGGUUAAUGCAAAUGUGCAACUGCUUGUUAUCAAAAGGAUGAAAUCACUUCUUUAAAGGUUUCAUCUCAUUCAAUAGAAAUAACAGUAAAACAGGAAAAAAACUAUUAAGACUAGACCUCUGAUAAAAUAGAGCCUAAGAUAAAAAAUGAUUUAGAUUCUGGAAUACUAAAAAACUCAAUAACUAGUAAGAUCUCGAUAUAGGAUUUGUCUAAGAACUUAAUACAAACAUCAGCAAAAUUACCAGAUCCAAUUAUAGAUACAAUUUAAUCGUCUGAAAGGAAAACUCUCCCAGUAAGUUGAA